GUUACCACGUGCUCAAUAUCGUUAUAACCAAUUGUAAACAAACUCCCCCUUCGAAUGACCAAUCAAUUCCCAAAAUGCAUUUACCCAAUUAAAUCCCACGCUUUUGUAUUUGGAGUGGAAUCACAUGCAUGCGGUGGAUUUUAAUUGAUUGGAGAAAUAAUAAUAUCUUUAAUCUGUUAUUCAUCUCAUUAUAUAAUGCAAUAGUUUCCGAGGAUUCAGUCGUCUCUCAGACUGAUACAGAGAGUCAUGCAGACCAACGGAAGUUCUUCAAAUUCCACAUAUCAGGACGCUGUGAGAGCCCUGAAUUCUCUUCAAACUAAUGCCUCGUAUAUCAGAACAGCUCCUAAACAUAAUGCAAUAAAUACAACAUUACAAGACACCCACAAAUAUCUCGCCAGAUCUGGACUAUCUGUAGAGGAUCUCGAUUCAUUAUCGAUAAUCCAUAUAUCAGGAACGAAAGGAAAAGGUUCGACCUGUGCCCUAGUGGAGUCAAUUCUUCGCUCCCAUGGAUAUCGAACAGCUCUCUACACCUCGCCCCAUUUAAUAUCAGUCCGAGAAAGAAUUCGCAUAAACGGAAUUCCCAUCAGCGAGGAGGACUUCAGCAAGCACUUCUGGAGAUUGUACAACAGCCUGUACCUGAGGAGAGAAAGACCCGAAGACAUGCCCCUCUAUUUCAAAUUCCUCACAAUCCUGAUGUUCCACAUUUUCCUGAAGUCUACAGUGGACGUAGCAAUAAUUGAAGUGGGAAUUGGAGGUGAAUACGAUUGCACGAACGUCAUCAGAUCUCCAGUUUGCACUGGAGUCACUCUCCUGGGACUGGACCACACGUCGAUGCUCGGGGAUGAUCUCUCCUGCAUCGCCUGGCAGAAAUCUGGAAUUUUUAAAGAAAAAGCACCUGCAUUCACUGUGAAACAACCGCUGGAGGCGAUGGAAGUCCUGACGAGAAGAGCAGUCGAGAGGAAAUGUCAUCUGUCUGUCGUUCCAGACUUGAGUGCCUACCAGUGGACAAGGUUUCCACCAGAUAUUGGAAUUCUUGGAGACGUACAGCUGGAGAAUGCAUCACUAGCUGUCAAAUUGGUUGAGACUUGGAUAAAAUCCGCGAGGACUCAGAAAAACGAGAAUUUCAUCCCUCAAAAUGGACUUUGUCAGGGAUUUGAUAUGAAAAGGGUUGAGCUGGGGCUGAAGACCUGCAGGUGGCCAGGACGAACGCAAGUUUUGAUGGGGAAAUCUUCGGAUUACUAUCUCGAUGGGGCACACACCACUGACAGCAUGAGAGCUUGCAUCCAGUGGUUCAAGAAGACUCAGGAGAACAAGAACUCCAAGAAGAUUUUGAUUUUUAAUUCCACAGGCAAUCGAGACUCUUCCCAACAUCUGGAGAUCUUGAGGAAAAUUCCAUUCGCCAGGGCUUUCUUUGUUCCCAAUGUAUCAGGAAAAAAAUGCGCAGAUCAGGAAAAUCUCACGAUUACCAGUGAGGAACAGAUCAGGAACUGUCAAUUUCACUGUGAUAUCUGGGGAAAAGGUGGUGUCACGGGAAAAACUGUGCUGGAGGCACUCGAGAUUAUUCGAGAGGAAUUCAGAGAGGAGAGAGUCCAGGUGUUGAUCACUGGGUCUCUCCAUCUCGUCGGAGCAGCUCUCAAUGUUCUGAAUCCAGAACUCACAUGGAAAACAGAUUUCUAAAGAUAAUUCUGAGAGAAAUUAAUUAGUUAUUAAUUAAUUAUAAUUCAAAAUUAAUAAUCAUUAUUUUUUGGAUAAAUUGAGACGGAUUAUUUCAUGUAGAAAUAGAAAAUCUUCAUUUAUUUUUUUUGUAUUGUCUUAAUAUUAAAUACAAUUGAGUUAUCGUUCAGUACACGUACCUCAUUAGAGACAAUAAUUAUAUUGUUGAUAAUGAGAGUAACGAGACGUCGAAAAUGAAGUGAAUGAAUUUAAA